AUGCAUUUGCUACACCAGGCUAUGCCGCUGUUUGCAGCUUCCUUCUUCUUAAAUGUUGAUGCUGCAUCGAAGGUCCGAAGCUUGAAUCGCGCAGUGUCGAAAAAUCAGAUCAACCGCUACCUGAGGGUUGUGAGUGACGACGAAAGAGGAUAUUUCAGCUCUCUCGGCCUCAAGAAAACACAGGAAUGGAUUAAUUCUCUCGUGAGGAAAAUAACCGAGAACCCAAAGCCGACCCAGGAUAAUAUUCCCGACGAAACGCUAUCACAUGUGCAGCCCACUAAAGAAUACCAAGCAUCAAACUCCCGAUAUCCGAAGGUGGCUCAACAAAGGGAAAUCAACAGGAAAAGUGUUUAA